CCUCUAUCAUUGUUAUAAUCUCGUGACUAGUGUUUACUUGUCAUACUUCAGAACACUCCUCAAUAUGUUCAUAAUAGAUUGAAUAAAAAAUUGGUGAAGUGAAUUAACUAAAAUGGAGACGAUUAAUAAACUCGAGAGUGAUAUAUUCGACGAGAGCGAGCAGCUGCCCCCGGAUCUCGAAGAUGACGUUGUCCAGGAGGUGCUGAGAACUGGGACUGACCUUCGCCAGUACUCGAGACAAAUUGAGAAAGAGCUGAAGGAAGUGGAGAACAAGAGUAUCCAGGAUUACAUAAAGGAGAGCCAGAAUAUUGCAAGUUUGCAUAAUCAAAUUGCUGCAUGUGAUAAUAUCCUAGAGAAAAUGGAGUCGAUGCUGAUUGGAUUUCAAACGGAUCUGGGGAGCAUCAGCACGGAAAUAUUGAACCUUCAGAGACGUUCGAUAGCCAUGAGUCAACAGCUGUCAAACAGACAAGCCAUCAGGGGCCCAUUGAGUCAGUUCAUCGAGGAUAUGACUGUCCCAGAGUCUUUGAUUACAGGAAUCAUGGAAUGUCAAGUUACAGACAAGGACUUUCUCAUUCACCUGCAGACCCUCAACCACAAAAUCAAUUUUAUCAAGGAGCAGAGCUUCAAGGACGCGAAAUCAACCCUCGACGUCCGGGACAUUGUCGAUAAAUUGAAAAUAAAAGCAAUGGCUAAAAUAAGAACUUAUCUUCUCGAGCAGAUAUACAAAUUUCGAAAACCCAUGACCAAUUAUCAAGUCCCCCAGAAUAACAUGCUGAAAUAUAAAUUUUUCUUUGAAUUUAUCCUCGCGAAUGAGAGAAAUGUUGCUGAGGAAAUUUGUGGGGAGUAUGUGGACACGAUGAGUAAAAUCUAUUACUCGUACUUCAAGAGUUACUCAUCUAGACUGUUGAAACUACAGUUUGAGGAGAAACCAUCGAAGGACGACCUGAUGGGAGUCGAGGAUAACGUGGGUAGGGGAAUAUUUCAUAAAACAAGUCUGAAGCACAGGGGAACUGUUUUCUCGAUUGGAACGAGGGGUGAAGUACUGGGUUCACAGCUGGAGGAGCCCAUUAUCGUGCCCCACACAGCCUCCAAGACUCGAUAUCACUACGAGGCGCUCUUCAGGAGUGAGCAGUACGCCCUGGUGGACAAUGCCUGUCGUGAAUAUCUCUUUUUAACAGAAUUCUUCAAAGUCAGAGGAUCCCAAGCAAUGGACAUAUUUAAUCAGGUGAUGGGAAGCACUGUAACCCUCAUGCAGAAAAAUCUCCAGUCCUUCGUGGACGACUGUUACGACACGAUAGCCCUAUUCCUGUGCCUCCACUUGGUCAUGCGAUACCAGAUGACGUGUCACAAACGAGCUGUCCCAGCACUUGAUAAAUACUGGGACAAUUCAAAAUCCAUUCUUUGGCCUAGAUUUUAUACUAUUUUCACGUUGAAUAUACAGAGUGUCAAGGAUUGUGAUCCCUUGAAGUUUCAGAAGGAGACUGGACCUCAUUAUAUCACCAGGAGGUACGCGGAAUUUUCAGCGGCAAUGGUGGGCGUCAGCGAGGGAUUCCCUAAUGAGGGUGCAACUCAACUUCUAGCUGAGCUUCGAGAAGCUGUUCAGUGUUAUCUACUGCGUAUGGCUGCAAUUUUUACAAAUCGAAUUCAACAAUUAGUAUUUCUCAUUAAUAAUUAUGAUCUAGUGCUCGGUGUACUCAUGGAGAGAACGAGAGAUAACUCGAAAGAGGCCGAGAGUUUUCGUGAGCAAUUGAACUCUCGUUCAUCCGAAUAUGUCGAGGAGGUGCUCUCACCCCAUUUUGGUGGGAUAAUUCAGCUGGUCAAGGAGUCCGAGGCUAUGAUCGAGAAAGGAUUGACUGAUGAUUUAAAGCGACAAGAGCCACGUGCAUUCGACCUCGUCAAGUCAUUCACCAACAACUGGAAACACUCACUCGAGGAGAUAAACCGCGAAGUUUUAAAAUCAUUUCCAAAUCUGGUACUGGGAGCUGCACUUGUACAGAGAGCUAUGACACAACUCGUUCAAUAUUAUCACCGAUUGCAUAAAAUUCUACCAGCAAAUGCCAGAGUACAUCUCACCAAUAUCCACCACAUUAUGGUAGAAAUUAAAAAAUACAAAACUAAUUAUUGAAUUUAUUGUAAAUACCACAAUUCAUCGACCAAUGAAUUUUAGCAAUGAUAAAUUUUUUAUUGAGAAAUCGGUAAAAUCAAGUGAAUUGUAAAAAAUAAUCUCUCAAA